CUUCAUCACACUAUGCUCUAUUAUUUCCUCGACGUUUGCGCCCUUGUCUGCGCACUUGCAUGCAUACGCCAGCUGCGGGCAUGGCGCAGACAGAGAAAGCCCUUUCCGCCUGUCCCUGGGCCGAAAGGUCUUCCCCUCCUCGACAACGUAUUCGACAUGCAGGAGGAAGAGAUAUGGGAGACCGCACGGAAGUGGGGGGAUGAGUUCGGCCCACUGGUCCAAGUUAAAGCUUUCGGGGAGACAUUUAUCUUUGUGAACUCUUACCAGGCAGCGGUCGACUUGUUUGAGAAGCGUGGGAGCAUGUAUUCUUCACGCCCCCAAAAGGUUAUGAUAGAACUUCAAGGUUGGGAAUGGUUUGUCCCCCUUAUGCAGUACGGAGACGAACUGCGAAGAGCGAGGCAACUGCUGCAUCGGUUUCUUCAGCCAGUCAUCAUGAGAGGCUAUACUGAACUACAGACACAAUCAAUGCAUAGGAUGCUGAGGAGAUUGUUGUCAAGCCCGGAUAAGUUCCCAGAAAUACUUCGGCAAUGCACAGGAGAGACAAUUCUGAUGCUCACCUAUGGUCACAAAGCACAGGAGAAGGAUGAUCCGUACAUAGCCAUUGCUGAGGAAGGUCUUGCUGCUGCCGCUGAAGCAGAGGAAUUCUAUCUGGUGGAUGUUAUGCCCGUGUUGCGGCACAUACCAUCAUGGUUUCCUGGUGCUCAAUUCAAGAAAAUCAUUGAACAAGGUCAGAAAGCAUCUAUGGCUUUGUAUCACGAACCGUACAAGGUAGGAAAGGCAAAAGUCGUGGAAGGAACAGUGACCCCUUCAAUACUUGGAAAGUUGUUUGAAGCAUAUUCAGCGGGGGAUAAGAUCGUAAGCAGUGAGGACAUGAUCAAAAAGGUGACGGGUGUUUUGUACGCAGCUGGAGCAGAUACAUCGGUUGCUGCUUUGCACUCAUUUUUCUUAGCAAUGCUAUUGCAUCCGGAUGCCCAGAAACGAGCACAAGAAGAACUUGACCGCGUGCUGGGAAAGGACGCCCUCCCCACGUUUAAUGAUCGCCCGAACCUACCUUAUGUCAAUGCAGUCAUCAAAGAAUCACUAAGGUGGCAAGCUGCUACACCUCUCGCUGUGGCUCACACUGUUGAGGAGGAUGACGAAUACAAUGGCUAUUUCAUUCCGGCAGGCGCAACGAUGUUUCCAAACGUCUGGGCAAUGCAGCGAGACCCAAAGGAAUAUCCGGAGCCGGAUAAGUUCAUACCCGAUCGCUGGCUACCUAAUGACGGUAAAGAGGCCCCGCGAGAUCUCUUUAUAGGAGGUGCAUCGAUUCUUGCAGCAUUCAACAUCACAAAGGCUCUUGACGAGAAUGGGCUUCCAAUUUUACCCAAGCCUGAAUAUACAUCUCGUUUCCUCAGGCACCCGAAGCCAUUCAAGUACGUUUUGGAGCCGAGAUCCGAGAAAAUCGAAGCUAUCAUAAAUGAAAUUGCUGUGUUUGAAGAGUAA